CAUAGCUGGAUGGAACAAUAAAUUAGUUUUAUUUACAGUGUUGAACAGUGAUAAUAUAAAUUGUGAAACAUAUUUUUACGUUAAUGUAUCAUUUUCUAAAAGUAGUUAUAUACUUUGUUACUGUAAUUACAAGACUGAAGUGUUUUGCUUCCAAAACUAAGGAACUUUACUACGAAGAAUCCGAGAGACUUCAGCUAUCUGACUUGAUGUCAGCCUUCGAGGACAAGAGUGAAAUGCUUCCAGAUAUAGUGCAAGAAGGAAGGAGAAUGGUGUUCACAGUUCCUACCCCUUCGUCGAGGGAUGAAGACAACCUUUAGUGAUACAGCCGCUGUAUUCUUGAUUGCUUACGCGACCGCCUGUGGGUCCAGCGAGGUCGACUCCACCCCUAAACCGACCUUGAAGAGUUACAACAACCCCGUCCAAAAGGGCAAUGACUUAAGCAGUUCCUCCUCUAAAGGCUUUCGUAGUUACGGAGGUCCAAUCUAUAAAGACUACGAGUUCAGCGAAGGAGGUCACAUCUAUAAUGACUACGGGUUUGGCGUGGGCGGCGCUAUCUACAAAGACUACGAGUUCAGCGAAGGAGGUCACAUCUAUAAAGACUACGGGUACGGCGGCGUAGGCGGCCCUGUUUAUAAGGAUUUUCCCCAUCACGGAUUCGGUGGUCCAAUCUAUAAGGACUAUUCAAGUUUACCCUUAUUCGGCUCCCACAGUGGGGGCUAUCCAGAGUUUCAUAUCUACAAGCAUUACGGCUACCAUAGUCCGUCUAUCUACAAGAAAUAUGGAAUUAUUCCCAUCGUUAAAGGCUACGGACAUGGAGGUUAUGGAUACGACGAGUUUCAUUAAACUCCUGCAAAUUUCAAGAUUUCAUGACACAUAAAACCACAUUAUUGCUUUACAUAAUGUUAAGUCUGAGAUCAUAUUAAGAUUGAACUGUAUGAAUUUAAAAGUUUGUUUAAAAUAUUCAAACAGGGGACAUAAACAACUUUACUUAACAAUAUUGAUAACUAAAAUUAUUAUCCAGAGGUGAAUUUACGUUUGUCUAAGAAGUUUGUUGCGUUAGUUUCAUUUUCUAAGCAUGACCGUUUAUAAGACUGAAUAUUACGUAAAAUGGUAAGUUUAUAUGGUUAUAAUUCAUAUGGAUAUAAUAACUUGUUAUAUUUUAAACUUUUGAUAUGUUAGAAUUAUAUUGUUAGUAUGUUAUCUGUCACGUAGCAGACAUAAAAAUGACAAAGCUGUUUGUAUUUCAUAGGAUUAAGAUUUUUUGCUUAAGUAGUUUAAAAAUAAUAAAAUGUUAAGUUAAA